AUGCCUUCAGGUCAAAGCGCCCAAGAUCAAGGCAGCGACAAAUCCAGCUCCAGAAACACCAACACUCAAGCCGAUACGACCAGUCAAAUGUCAUUCAACCAGAUGGUCAAGAACGCCGGGUUUCGCAAUUUUGAUCACUUCAUGCAAUCCUAUGGUCUCAAAAUGCAUGAUCAUGAUGAUAUCCAGGAGGGUAAAGCAAUUUUGAAUGCCUUAUACCGGCGCGAUGCUAGAAAAUGA